AUGGAUUAUCGUGACUACCUGAAAUCUUUGUAUUAUGACGCAAAAAGCCCAGCUUCCUUCACUAGCCCCGAAAAAUUGUAUCAAAUUGUCAAGAGACGAGGCAAAUAUGGAAUAUCUAGAAAUAAGAUCAAAAAAUGGUUACAAGAGCAAGAUGUGUAUACUCUACAUCGACAAAUAAAGCGGAAAUUCACCAGGAGAAAAAUAAUUACUUCCGGUGUAGACGUACAGUGGGCAGCUGACUUUGCGAGCGUGGCAAAUACGGCCAAGUACAACGACGGCAUGAAAUAUUUACUGAUGGUUAUUUGCGUGUUUUCUAAAUAUCUUUUCGUUGAACCCCUGAGGAGUAAAAGAGCUAAAGACGUUUUAGAAGCAUUUGAGCGCAUAUUGCAACAAGGCCGCAAGCCACAAAUAGUAUAUACAGAUAAAGGCGGGGAAUUUAACAACAGAUUAUUCAAGUCGUAUCUCCAGAAAAUGGGCAUUAAAUACUUCACGAGCCAAAAUGAAGAUACUAAAGUUUCACCGGUGGAGCGAGUUAUUCGUACAUUUAGGAACAAGAUGCACAAAUUAUUUCAAAACACAAGAAGCUACAGGUAUUUAGAACAAUUGCAAAGUCUUAAAAACAGUUACAAUUUGACUCCUCAUACAAGUUUGCCCAAACAUAUGUCGCCUUCCGAGAUCAACCGCGAGAACGGAGCCGUUGUUUGGGAUUAUAUGUACAAUAAUAAUAAUUCCAGCAACAAAAUUCAUGAACAGAGCAGUACUAAACUAGAAUUUAAAUAUAAUAAGGGCGACCUGGUGAGACUCGCGUACACCAAAUAUACAUUCCAGAGAGAUUAUAAUCAAAAGUGGACAUCCGAGGUGUUUAAAAUAUCUGAGCGAUUUAUAAAACAGGGCAUACCCGCUUACAAGGUUGCAGAUUUUUCGAACGAUGUCCUGGUAGGAACGUUUUAUGGACAGGAAUUACAAAAAGUAUAUAAGAACCAAGACGCCUUAUGGAUCAUUGAAAAGGUUCUCAGGAAAAGGAAGCGAGGAGGAGUCCACGAAUAUCUGGUCAAGUACGAAGGAUGGCCAAAUAAAUUUAAUUCUUGGGUACGAAAGGAGGAUAUUCAUAACAUUAACGGUUAA